UGCAAUAUUUGGUUCCGGGCUCGGCAUGUCCCGGGUGUUGAUAAUGUUAUUGCUGAUUCUUUGUCUCGAUUUCAGUUCCAGGACUUCAGGAGGUUGUGCCCGACGGCAGAGCUGGAGGGUCGAGCGUGCCCGCCUUUGGUCUGGGGCCUAGUGACAGGAGAUUGAUGCCACUACUGGAAUCAUCGAUGGCGGCCUCUACGUGGUCGGGACAUGAUCCUCCGGUUGCUACGGUGGUGUUCUUGGGCCACUCCUAUGUUCAUCGGGCGGCACAGCGAGCGGCCUGCCGGCCUGGAGGGAGAUCGUUGGGUUUCCAUCAAGUCGAUGCCCAUUGGAGGGGGAUUCCGGGUAUGAGAUGGCCUCAAGUGCUCUCGGAGACGGUGGACCUGUCCGGUAGGCUGAGAUCGGGAGUUGUUUUGGUUGUCCACGCGGGUGGCAACGACCUAUGUUUCACCAGGGUCCCCGAGUUGAUAACUAUUAUGAAAGCGGAUGUGGAACGGCUCGGUGGAUUUUUCUCCGAGAUGGUUCUGGUGUGGUCGGAGAUUGUUCCAAGGGUAAAAUGGCAGGGUGCCAGGGAUGCAGAGGCCAUUGAGCGGUCUCGCCGUUUAGUUAAUUCCAGGAUGGCGAGGUUUGUUCGGUCCAAGGGCGGUGUGGUGGUCAGGCACAGGGAGCUGGAAGGGGAUAAUAGGAGGUUUAUGAUAAGCGAUGGUGUCCACCUCAACGAUAUUGGGCUGGACAUCUUCCUUUCUGGCCUUCAAGAUGGCGUUGAACAGGCCCUUUUUGUAUUGAGUGGGGGUCGGAGCUCCGUGUAGGAGUACACGGGCUCCUUCUGUGGCGUAAAGGAAGUUUAUUUUGGGGAGUUCUGAGGUGCCGAAGGCAGCACAUGCACGCUGUGGAGACAGUGGGGCAUACUGCUUCGGCUGAAGCAGUACUUCGGCAAUAAGAAGUUGUGUUUUUCAUGGUUACUGCUAUGCAGUGUUAUAUUUAUUUAACAGAGUUACAUAUAUUUAAAUAAACGAGCUGUGACCACCACCCAGCCCACUUAAAAGGUUCAUGAGUGUCAGUGUUUUAUUUCAGAGUGGGAGAAUUUAGAUUUAAGAUCUGUUAAAAGGUUUGUCCGUACAGUCUGUAGGUUACCUAGCCGAAUAGGCAUAGGUAGCCCUGACUGUGGGGACGAAAGGGUUAAGAAGCAGGAAGAAAUAGCAACCCUCCCACUCCAGUACCUUGGGGAGGGGUUUUCCAAAGGGGGUACGCCCAGGGGUAUUUACUGGGUGUCCUGCAAGCAGCUCUCCCUCUUGUGUUCCAGCAUCCAAGGUCCCGCCCUCCCUCCCUGGUUUUUGCUUUCCUGUUUGUUUUGUUUGUUCAACUGGGCGUCCUGUUGUGGGACGUUCGGU